UAUACAAGGGAGGUGUUUAUAAUAAGUUGAGACGUUUCAGAGGUACAUUAUUCCCCAAAAAGAAAGGAUGCACAACUGGCAGGAGAACGAGAUUAAAGAACUUCUGACCAUCCGGGGGUCUGAGGCGAUCCGAAACCAGAUCACAGGCACAGUGAAGGACUCUGUAGUUUACAACAAGAUGACCAGACUGCUGGCGGAGAGGGGGGUGUACAGGUCCCACAUGCAGGUCAUCAGUAAAUUAAAGGCGCUGAGGAAGCAAUACCUCAAAUACCACCAGCUGAAGAUCCGCUGCGGGAGCGAUCGAGUCGACUGGCCGUUUUACGAGCAGUGCCACCAGGUCUUCUCCAUCUCCAUCACCCCCUCUGCAAACCCGGUGAAGCGGCAGCGGAGUCCCACACCCCCGUCUGCAUCCACACCUCCAUCACCGCCCCCUCCACCACAGCCCGCUAUGGGUGAUGAGCAUCAGGAGGUUGUAGUCAGUCUCUGGGAUGAAGUGGAUGACGGAGAGAUCCAGAAACAGCUGGGGCCAGUGGAGGUGGAGGAGGACGAGGAGCAGUACAGCUCAUCAGAACAUCUACAGCCCAUCAUGUGCACCGUUCCAUCAAAGAAAAGGAAAACAACGGUGAUGGAGCAGGUCUCUACGUUGGUGUCGGCGACGGUCACCCAGCUCAAAGAGAUGGACGCCGCCAUGCAGGCUCAGGAAGACGCACGGCUGCAGAGGUUAAUGGACCACGAGAAGGAAAUGCAGAACAGUCUAAUGAGUCAGCUCGUAAACAUGCACGAAAGGAUCAGUCGAGAAAACCACGAGAGACACCUGGAGCUGGUGGACAGGAUACUCUCUAGGUUCCCCUCACCUUCACCACCUUCAGCACCUUCAGCUCCUUCAGCACCUUCGGACCACUGACUGACUCUUCCUGUGUGAGUGACGGCAGCCUACGACAGGAUUAAUCAGGUUUAGGGAACACUUCUGUCUCUCUCCUCCUCCAGCUGACCAGUGCCUAAACCCACAUUUCUUUUAUUUUCACUGUAUUUCUUAACGAUGUAUGGAAACAUAAUGAACUGACAUCAUCUGUCUUUGCCUUUAACCUCAACACUACUCAUGCUGCAGCUCUUCAUGCUCUAUUCUGAUUCGUUGCUCAUACAAUUACUAAUACAAUCACUAUCAGUGGA